GCCCGGUGCUGGGCGCGGCCGGAGAAAGUCCAUGUGAGCCGGAGCGCCGGGCCGCCGGAGCACUUCCUGCUGCAGGCCGGACCGGGCCGGCGCCCGCAGAUGUGCCCCGCUCGGCCGCUCCCGCACUGAGAGUCUGAGGCCCCCCCGCCGCCCCCGCCCGCCAUGUCGCAGAUGCUGCACAUCGAGAUCCCCAACUUCGGGAACACCGUGCUCGGCUGCCUCAACGAGCAGCGUCUGCUGGGCCUCUACUGCGAUGUGUCCAUUGUGGUCAAGGGCCAGGCCUUCAAGGCCCAUCGGGCCGUCCUGGCCGCCAGCAGCCUCUACUUCCGCGACCUGUUCAGCGGCAACAGCAAGAGCGCCUUUGAGCUGCCGGGCACGGUGCCGCCCGCCUGCUUCCAGCAGAUCCUGUCCUUCUGCUACACGGGCAGGCUGACCAUGGCGGCCAGCGAGCAGCUCGUGGUCAUGUACACGGCCGGCUUCCUACAGAUCCAGCACAUCGUGGAGCGCGGCACGGACCUCAUGUUCAAGGUGAGCUCACCCCACUGCGACUCGCAGACCGCUAUGAUCGAGGACGCCAGCUCCGAGCCCCAGAGCCCCUGCAACCAGCUGCAGCCGGUCACCGCCGCGCCCCCCUACGUCGUGUCCCCCUCCGUGCCCAUCCCGCUGCUAACCCGCGUCAAGCACGAAGCCAUGGAGCUGCCGCUGGCCGCGGGCCCAGGCCUGGCCCCCAAGCGCCCGCUGGAGACGGGGGCCCGGGACGGCGCGACGGUGGCGACGGGCCCCGCGGUGGCGGCAGGCAUGGCCCCUCUCAAGCUGCCCCGGGUCUCCUACUACGGGGUGCCCAGCCUGGCCACCCUCAUCCCCAGCAUCCAGCAGGCGCAGUACUCCCAGGGGGAGCGGACCAGCCCGGGGGCCAGCAGCCUGCCCGCCACCGACAGCCCCACCUCCUACCACAAUGAGGAGGACGAGGAGGACGACGAGGCCUACGACACCAUGGUGGAGGAGCAGUACGGCCAGAUGUACAUCAAGGCCACGGGCAGCUACGCAGUGCAAGAGAAGCCGGAGCCCUUGCCACUGGAGAGCCGUUCCUGCGUCCUCAUCCGCCGCGACCUGGUGGCCCUGCCCGCCAGCCUCAUCAGCCAGAUCGGGUACCGCUGCCACCCCAAGCUCUACUCCGAGGGGGACCCCGGCGAGAAGCUGGAGCUGGUGGCAGGCUCUGGCGUCUACAUCACGCGCGGGCAGCUGAUGAACUGCCACCUCUGCGCGGGGGUGAAGCACAAGGUGCUGCUGCGGCGCCUCCUCGCCACCUUCUUCGACAGGAACACGCUGGCCAACAGCUGUGGCACAGGCAUCCGCUCGUCCACCAGUGACCCGAGCCGCAAGCCGCUGGACAGCCGCGUCCUGAACGCUGUGAAACUGUACUGUCAGAACUUCGCCCCCAGCUUCAAGGAGAGCGAGAUGAACGUGAUCGCCGCGGACAUGUGCACCAACGCCCGCCGCGUCCGCAAGCGCUGGCUGCCCAAGAUCAAGUCCAUGCUGCCCGAGGGCGUGGAGAUGUACCGCACGGUCAUGGGCUCCUCGGCCGCCAGCGCGCCCCUGGACCCCGAGUUCCCGCCCGCCGCCGCGCAGGUGUUCGAGCAGCGCCUCUACGCCGAGCGGCGGGGCGAUGCCGCCGCCAUCGUGGCUCUGAGGACUGACGCUGUGAAUGUCGACCUGGGCGCCUCCACCAACCCCACCUUCGAGGCCGGCUCGGAGGCCGACGGGGCCGGCUCGGUCGUCCAGGAGGUGUCUGCGCCCGAGCCGCUGCCCGCCGAGGGCCAGAGCCCCCCGCAGCCCUUCGAGCAGGGCAGCGCCAGCAGCAGCCGGCCCGCGACGCCGGCCACGGGGAGGAGACCGGAGGGCCCGUACGCAGGGACCUUGUAGGGGCCCGAGGCCGGACCGGGCGCCAAGGCGGGAAAACCAAUUAAGAGAACCGGACCCUCCCCCUCCUCUGUUUACAAGACGACUAAUUCCUGUCCUGUGAGCGUGAUCCCGACUCACCCAGAUCCUGUAGACCGAGAGACAAGCCACUCAGUAUUUAUGAGAUGUCUGCACCUUUAUCCCUAAGCUUGACUAUUAGCAAUACGCAUAUAACUACAUAGAGUCUAUUAUAUAGAGCUAAGUCCUAUCAGCGCCUUUGGAGGAGAGGAGGACUGGGCCAGUCCCAGCGGCUGUGGUGGGCGGCUGGCCUGAGCUCCAGCGGCUGCCUGCCCUCUCCUGCCCUCCCCAGCGGCCGGGAUGUGCCAGGGAAGCAGCUGGGACAAGUGCAAAGGUCCAGGAGAAGGGACCGGGAGAUGCGACAUGCUGUGAGCUCGGUGGGGCCGCCCGCCUAGCCGGCGGCCUCGGUACUUGAAUCCCAUCUUGCUUUCUGCACCGUGUCUGGUCUCGCCCGGAGUCCUCUGUGGUUGCUUAACCUUGCAUUCGAUUCGAUCGGCUUUCCUUGCCCCUGAAUGUGGACGAGAGGCGAAGGGGAGAGGCCUCUGAGGUGCGGCCCUUGGCCCCUGCCCGCUGGCCCGGAGCCGGGCCUGUUUCUCCUCCGUGAAAACGCACGCCUCGGCGGCCUUAGAGGAAGGAGGAAGGCAGAGAGAGGCUCGGCCUGGGAGGGGUCUGCUGUGUGCCCGGCCCUGACCCGUCCCCGUUUGACGGCCGGAACCCGCCAGCACUGGCCCCGUGCGUGCCACCCUAGCCGUCGAUGGCUUAGAUGCCCCUCCAACGGGUUAUCUUUAUGGAAAUAUCUUGCUGCAAGUAGAAAAAGGCCCUAUGGCCCAUUAACCAACUGAGAACUCAGAGAAAACCUCAGUUUGCCUCUGCCAGCAGUAAAUCCUAAACACAGAAUCGAGAGUUCAGAGCCGUCUUGAGCUUGAACUGCUGUUUCCAAAUGU